AUUCUCCUUCUUCUUCUUCCAGAUCUGCAGCUGGUAGAUCUUCAUCCAGCUCUGACAUGGCUGAGGGGAAGCUGGAUGGCUUUGGACAGAGUUGGAUGGUGGCGCUUUUACUGCUGUGUAAUCUAACAACGUUUUUGGUGAAGGCAAGCAUGGGGGUGAACGAAACCCAUCAGCAACAUCCAACCAAUGUCUACCACGACAUGGGACUCACAAGGAACAAGAUAGUUACGGCACAGUUUGAGUGCUAUCAAAAGAUAAUGAAGGACAAUAUCCACAGCAGACAAGAGCCCAUGUGUAACCGAACCUGGGAUGGCUGGCUGUGCUGGGAUGACACCAGGGCUGGGGUUAUAUCCGAGCAGCACUGCCCGGACUACUUCCAGGAUUUUGAUCCUUCGGAGAUGGUCACAAAGAUUUGCACUGAUAGCGGUCAUUGGUUUCUGCAUCCUGAGAGCAAUAGGACAUGGACCAACUACACCCGCUGCAACGAGCACACCAAUGAAGGCAGAGUGACCGCAAUGAAUCUCUUCUACUUAGCCCUCAUCGGACAUGGGCUGUCACUGACCUCCCUCUUCAUCUCCCUCGGAAUAUUCUUCCAUUUCAAGAGUUUGAGCUGCCAAAGGAUCACGCUUCACAAAAACCUCUUCUUCUCUUUUGUUCUCAACUCUGUGAUCACCAUCAUUUUUCUGACUGCAGUGGCAAACAACCAGGAACUGGUGCAGCGGAAUCCAACAAGCUGCAAAGUGUCCCAGUUUAUUCAUCUGUACCUGUUUGGCUGUAAUUACUUCUGGAUGCUGUGUGAGGGAAUAUAUCUGCACACUCUCAUCGUGGUGGCCGUGUUCGCGGAGAAGCAGCACCUCAUGUGGUAUUAUCUCCUCGGCUGGGGCUUUCCUCUCAUUCCAGCGUCCAUACACGCCAUUGCUCGGAGUUACUACUACAACGACAACUGUUGGAUCAGCUCCAAAACGUCGCUACUCUACAUCAUCCACGGGCCCAUCUGCGCAGCUCUCCUGGUCAAUUUGUUCUUUCUGCUAAACAUCGUGCGAGUCCUCAUCACCAAGCUGAAGGUGACCCAUCAAGCGGAGUCGAGUCUCUACAUGAAAGCAGUGAGAGCCACCCUCAUCCUGGUGCCUCUCCUGGGAAUUCAGUACGUCCUGCUUCCCUACAAGCCGGAGGGACGGGUUUCCUCAGAAAUAUACGACUACAUCAUGCACAUACUCAUGCACUACCAGGGUCUACUUGUGGCCACCAUCUUCUGCUUUUUCAAUGGAGAAGUUCAAGCAGUUCUAAGGCGACACUGGAACCAGUAUCAAAUCCAGUUCGGCAGCAGCGUAGGAAACCACUCGGACGCCCUGCGCUCAGCCUCCUACACAGCUUCCUCCAUCACCGAGGUGCAGGGCUGCUACAGCAUCGACGGUCACACAGAACACAUGAACGGCAAGGGCUGCCAUGACGCAGACGCCUCCAUCUUAAAGUCAGACAGCCCCUUCGCCUGACACCGACACUCCCCUCGAACUCUACCCGUCCCACCACCACCCUUAAAACCCGCAGCAUGCUUGGAGCUCCGGGGAAACCUGCCUCUUCCUGUAGAUACAAUGUCAGAAGAUGUGAGUGAGGAAAAGGACUGCACACCCAACGGCUCUCGCACACCCGAGGAAAUGACGGCACCUCCAUCACAACCAACACGGGCCCUUUAACAGGACUAUAAAGUGAUACAGCUAAACCCCGCGCUGUGUUUUUGUCUACAAUUUGCCACAGAACUGCUCCACUUGGACGAAGACGCAUUCUGAUAAUCACAAUACUGUCUGCCUGACAAAAAUCAUUUUUAAAUGGAUAAAUACUGACUGCCUGAUUAUUCUGUUUGGGGGUCACGUCGUGCACAAAAAGCCUUUGGUUACACUGUAAAUUCUUUUGACACGGUUAGUGCCAAACCAAGAAAAUAUUGCCUGCCUCAUUUAGUUUUUAUUUUCAACAAAGAGUCGGAACAGAGAUAGGAUGUCCAACAGGUGCAUAAUAAUAUAUUACAGCUAUAUAUUAUAUCUUUCAUAUGUUAAACUUAAUUUAUCUAAUCAUAUUCGUGUUUAUUAAAUGAAAACAGAAUAAAUACCGUGCAGUAUUUAUUAGCGUUGACAUGCUACAGUUUCUUCGAAGUUAGUCAUUUAAAUACUGAUAUGACUUGUUCCAGCGACACAUAAGCUUUCUGAGCUUUUCUCGUUUGUUUCCGUGUUUAUGCUAGCAUAGUUUAUUUACAGUCACAUCCUUAGCUUCACACCUAGACAUGUAGAGAUUUUGUCAUGCUGACGUUUGAGCAUGUUCAAGUGAUCCUUACCGACAUGUGCAUCUGUUAAUGGUAGCUUGUAAUGUAACUUGUUAUGACCACAGAGAAGCCAUCAUGAUAUUAUACGUACUCCAGUAUCUGCUCAGUACACUUGAAUGUAACAGUUUAAAGACCCGGCUAUGUUGAACAUAAACGCAUCACAUUCCCUUUCACUGCUGUCUUUACCCAACCUGUACCCUUCAUUAGAUACACAGAGAUGUUAGGUGUUCAGAUCUAAAACAGCACAGUGUUACAAAAUGCAGAGCUUUGUGUGAGCGAGGGCCGAGUGUUGUUUCAUAGAUGAGGUGUAGUCCAUGGAAUCAGUCAUGUGUGCAUCCGUUUGAAGGUUCUGUCUGCAACCUCUUCAGAACCAUUAUGUGUCACGAGAGCACCAGCGUCUCAGACCAAAACAAACAGGCACCGAUCACUUUGAUUGUGAACACGACAAAAACUACUCCGGCCACAAUCAUGAGCUGUAACAUGCAUUGAAAGCCAGCGGGUAUCACCUUGAGUAAGGGCGCGGCUACACGCUUGACCGUUCUUUGCUUUUCCAAUCCAGUGAGGGAGGUCACUGUCAGCCUGGUGGGCCGACAGUUUCAAAGGGAGGGACUCACUUGCAUGUGCAGCUUGACCGAUGGUCAAAAUGGAGAACUUAGAUGACAACACACACGGAGGGCGUGAACCUUCACUCUCUGCUGACGCCAUCGCUCCACUAUAUCUUGACACAGCAGAUAGUCGUUUGCUGCUAUCUGAAUGUUAAAUGUUUACUAUUGCUUAACAUCUUCAACUACAUUUAAACACAAUACAUGUAAUAAUACCUUCUGUUCGUACAGGCAUUUAAUCCACUGUAGUACAACUCACUGUUAGAAAUGGGGGACGGUUCUUGUUCAGUGCCAAUAUUUAGUCAAAGCUAAUAUAAUUCGCCAAAUCAAGUAAGUAUCCUCAUGCCAGCUAGCCAGUGCUUUUUCAGGGAAGACACAAUUUUCUAAAAUGUUUUUAACUUUGGGAAGGACCCAUCUUGUUCAGUGACAGCUGAAGACUCAUAUCGGCUUGAUCGCUUUUGCAGAUCGUUUUUCAGAAUAGUCUUACUACUAAAGGAGGCCAGUAUGGAGGGUUGGUUACAGGCACAGCAUUUUUAGUUUGAGGUUGGAAAAGUUAGUGCAUUAAUAAAGGUGCAAAAAAAAAAGGGGGCUUAAUCGAGAUGUAUAUCCGGCGUAUGACCUAAACAUCCACUAAACUUUAGUUACACUGAAGAGAUGAAAAAUGGCAGCAGAGCAAAAACAUGAAAUCUGUGUGAAGCAAUGAGGAAAAUAUUAUAUUUCUAUUAUCACAUGGGAAAGAUGACACAUUUUGUACGUCAGUUUCACUUUUGAUAUCAUAUCUGUUUGUUUAGGGUCUGACUGACGCUCUCUCAGUUGCUUUGAUUUCGUUGUGCCCUCGUCUUCUGCAGUGAUGCUCGACUAGAGAACCUCCACCUUCUUAUCAGAGAACCAAGUCCAGCGAGUUGCAUUACAGUAGUGGAUGGAUAUGCAUGCAUUAAUUCACCCUUUUUUCUGUUCUUUUUUUUGGAAAAUUUCAUUUAAAAUGUGCUACAUUUGGAUCGGACUGCUCAGCUUAAGGGGACAAAUGUUUUUAUUUUCUGUCUGAGCCUGAGGUAAGGAGUGCAUUCUACAUGAUGCUGCUGUAUUGUGGCAUAAGUUAGAUUUGAAUUUUGUAAAGGAAUACCCAGUGUUUUAUUUGCCACAGCCCUCCGGUUUCGCAGUAGUGUGAUGUCAGUCUGUACACAGCCUUAAUCAGAAGUACAUGAUGCGAUUUUCACAUCUCACAUAAACCUGGGCAAAAAAUAAACAGAUAAUAAAAUGUUAAUUAAAAAGCAUUUAGCUCAUCAGGAUGUUCCAGACCUGGUCAAUUAUUAGUGCACUUUUUUUUUGGUCACUUUCCUCUCAUUCAAGCCCAGAACUUUUAUGUUUUUUUCUUUUUUUUUUGUUUGUUUCUUCGUUUUUUGUAGCCUUUUUAACACGUUGUCCAUAAUGCUGGGAACAUGAGUCACUAUCGGUUGAUGUAAAUAUUUUUUGUAAAUCUAACAUUUCUGCAGAGGACAAGUUGAACGUGUGAGUGCGUGUGUGCAUGGUUUAUAUGAACAGUAUUUAUGAGUAUAUUAUACUCAGAAGCAUUCAACCACUACUUCUUUUUUUUUUUUUUUUUUUAAAGGGAUGGCCGGGGUUACUAACGGGGAACUCCCAACAUGCUACUGUAUGUGUCUGCCCUGAUUUCUUGUCCUUAUUAAAUUCUGCCACUUUCUAAUUAGACUGUAUUUUAAAGCACAGAAACGAUCUGAGAUGUGAAGAUUCACAGUCAACCUUCCACAGGGCAUGUUGUAUCGAUUCAGAGUGUUUAAAACAAAAAUGUACCUUCAAUUUGCCUCAAUUUUUUAAUGUGUAUUGUUUAUUUUCUUCUGGAUACAGUAUCUCUGAGUGUACGGUGGAUAAUCUGUUAAUUUUAACAUACAUGGUCCAACAAAAUCAUCUCCCAACAAAUUGUUAAAACGACAUUUAUAUUGCCGGCUACUUGUUUAUCUUUGAUACCAUUUGAAUGUCUCCAUGUUCAGUCUUCAACGCAACUGUGACGACUUAAAGCACUUGAUUCUACACGGAACGUGAAAAGUGGCCUCUUUUUGAGAAACGUUAUUUUCACUUAUAGCCAAUAUUUAAGACAAAGGGUUCAUUUCAAGACACGCAAAUAUAUUCACAGCAUUAAAACACGUUGUGUGAGAUCAGGCUGCAGUAUCACACACACCGUCAUUAUCUGCAGGACAGUUUCUCCGUUUAAACAUUAACUACACAACCUACAUUUAUGGCUUUCACUGCUUUAAGUGAUUAAUGUACAACGACAGAAUUAUAAAGUCUUCAUAAAGUCAUUUAUCGUGUAGUGACGCAUCAUAAUCAUUUACGGAGCCACAAUCGUUUCUUCAGAAUUGUGGAAAAGCCAGAGGCUUUUGGCACAUGUAGUAAAUCCUGUGUAUCAUUUAAGUUGUGUAUUUAUGUGUGAAAUGUUUUCAUAUGACUCUCCAAAGGGUUUGUGAAGUCCCCAGUGACACUUUGGUAAAAAAUGUUGUAAAGUAUGACAAAAGCAUUGAGGACAAUGUCUGUAGUUUUUGUUUAUACUGUACUGUAUCUAACUUUGGUAGUCUUGACACGUUGACUCCACACUGCUGUUUGAAUGUAAAUGGUUUUGUUUUAUUCUCUGGAUGUGAAGAACAUAUAUAUAUAUAUAUAUAUAUUAUAUUUACAUACUAUGUCUCUUUUUUUAUGACUUCACAGACAAUGUUGCUAUCUUGUGUGUGUCUGCAUACUAAUACAGAAUAGCACAGCA